CUAUCCCCCGUCUCAGUUCUAGGGUUUGAAGACACUCCUCUCCAAAAGCCUCUCCUUUUUCCUCCCGACACUGCUUCAUAUAAACCCUAAUGGCUUCCUCCCCUCCCUCCUCGCCUCCGCACCCUUCGAAGAAGGCCAAGAUGUCGUCCUCCGCCACCACGUCCGACGCCGACGAGGACCCUUCGUCCGCCCCCUUCGCCGCCGGCGAGCCCAGGCGGCGGUACAAACGGCGCAAGGUGGCCAUUUUCCUCGGCUACUGCGGCGCAGGGUACCAGGGCAUGCAGAAGAACCCGGGCGCCCGUACCAUCGAGGGCGACCUCGAGGAGGCCCUCUUUCUCGCCGGCGCCGUUCCGGAGGCGGACCGCGGCCUCCCCCGCCGUUUUGAUUGGGCCCGCUCCGCACGCACCGACAAGGGCGUCAGCGCCGCCGCCCAGGUCGUGUCCGGCCGCUUCUAUGUAGACCCACCUGGCCUCGUCGCUCGCCUCAACGCCCAUCUCUCCGACCAGAUCAGGGUCUUCGGAUUCAAACGGGUCACCAACUCCUUCAACGCCAAGAAAUUCUGCGACCGCCGCCGGUACGUGUAUCUCGUCCCGGUGUUCGCCCUUGACCCUAGCGCGCAUCCGGACCGGGAGGCCGUGAUGGCGAGCAUGGGGUCCGACAACGAACUCGCACGCUGCUUAGAAUGCUCAGAAAGGGGGCGUAAGAUCCCUGGUCUCAUGGGCCGCUGGGCUGGGAGUUCCAUUGCCCAGAAAAGAGUUGAUCUUGCAGCUGAUGGAUCGGCUGAUCAGACUGUUGGUGUCGCCUGUUUCAGUCUGGAAGAAAGUGAUAAAUCUGAGGCGAAUAAGCUAGAAAUUUUUGAUCUUGGCAGUGGUGGAGUUGAUGAUGAGCAGCAUGAUUUCUCCAUUAUGAUUGCAGAGACUAACUCGGCUAACAUGGGUAGAAAUGAAGUGGAGGCCGGCAAACUUGUAUCUGCUGCAACAGAUGCUGUUGCUCCUGGUAACAUGAAUCCUGAUGCUACAGUAGAUCCAGUGGCUUCCUAUGUGGAAGAAUAUGGUAAGCUCAGUAAUGAGGCUAUCACAAUGAAAGAGAAUUCUACUAUGGAGCCGAGUGCUUCUUUAGAAAACCAGAGAUUGGAACCUAUAGUUGCUGAUAGAACUAAUGGAGAGCAAGUGACUGUCAAAAGCAAGUUUUGUUAUGGGGAUGAGCAGAGGGAGAGAUUUAAUAGCGUACUGAAGCAUUAUGUGGGAACUCACAACUUCCAUAACUUCACAACCAGAACUAAGGCUGAAGAUCCCUCUGCUCGUAGAUAUAUUAUAUCCUUUGAUGCAAAUCGUGUUGUCUGUAUCGAGGGGAUUGAAUUUGUCAAGUGUGAGGUUGUAGGACAGAGCUUUAUGCUCCAUCAGAUCAGGAAGAUGAUCGGCCUUGCAGUUGCAGUGAUGAGGAACUGUGCACCUGAGUCACUUAUGGAUAUAGCCUUGAAAAAGGAUGUAAAUAUCAAUGUUCCUACGGCCCCUGAAGUUGGGCUUUACCUGGAUGAAUGCCUAUUUACAUCAUAUAACCAGAAAUGGAAGGAUUCGCAUGAGGUAUUGACCAUGGAAGCUUAUGCUGAGGAAGCUGAGGAAUUUAAGAUGAAAUAUAUAUACCCUCAUAUUGCCUCUAUGGAGCACAAGGAAGGAGCGGUUGCACUGUGGCUUCACUCUUUGAACCAACGUAAUUACCCAGAUUUCUGUUUUAUGGAGACAAGUCGUGAAUGUGCCAGUGCCACCAGUAAGGAUCAAGCGGAUAACUCGGGAGAGCAACUCUUGUGAAAGGGGAUUGGCUGCCACUUUUUUUUAUUAUGAGAAAAGUUUUUUUGCGCUAUAUAAUUUUCGCACAGAAUUUUAUUUCCCUUGGCUAUCCUUUGUUUCAUUUUAAUGAAAGUAUUUCAA